UGAUCCACAGCAGAAUCCACGAGCGUGAAAGAAACACGGAGCCAUGUCCGCGGAGGGAGGAGAAGAGGACGAGGUCCAGUUCCUGAGGACCGACGAUGAGGUGGUGCUACAGUGCUCGGCAACGAUCCAUAAGGAGCAACAGAAACUGUGUUUGGCUGCCGAAGGCUUCGGAAACAGACUCUGCUUCCUCGAGUCUAUCUCCAACUCCAAGAAUGUGCCUCCAGAUCUUUCCAUCUGCACCUUCGUCCUGGAGCAGUCGCUGUCAGUGCGAGCGCUUCAGGAGAUGCUGGCCAACACUGAGGAGAAGGCUGACGGGCAUGUAGAUGUGGAGAUCUGGACGGCUCAGGGUGGCGGUCAUCGUACCUUGCUGUAUGGACACGCUGUCCUGCUGAGACACUCGUACAGUGGAAUGUACCUCUGCUGUCUGUCCACCUCCCGCUCGUCCACAGACAAACUGGCUUUUGAUGUUGGACUGCAGGAGGACACCACAGGCGAGGCGUGCUGGUGGACCAUCCAUCCAGCAUCAAAGCAGCGUUCAGAGGGAGAGAAGGUCAGAGUGGGAGAUGAUCUCAUCCUGGUCAGCGUCUCCUCUGAAAGAUACCUGCAUCUCUCCUACGGCAACAGCAGCCUCCACGUGGACGCAGCGUUCCAGCAGACGCUGUGGAGCGUCGCCCCCAUCUGUUCUGGAAGUGAAGUCGCACAAGGUUUCCUCAUCGGUGGCGACGUCCUGCGUCUCCUUCACGGCCACAUGGACGAGUGUUUGACCGUUCCAUCUGGAGAACAUGGAGACGAGCAGAGGAGGACGGUUCACUAUGAGGGCGGAGCCGUUUCUAGCCACGCCCGCUCCCUGUGGCGGCUGGAGACACUGCGGGUCGUGUGGAGCGGGAGCCACAUCCGCUGGGGUCAACCGUUCAGACUGAGACACGUGACCACGGGGAAGUACCUGAGUCUCAUUGAGGACAAGUCUCUGCUGCUGAUGGACAAGGAGAAAGCCGACGUCAAGUCCACGGCAUUCUGCUUCAGGUCGUCCAAGGAAAAGUUGGACCCCGGCGUGAAGAAGGAGGUGGACGGCAUGGGCGUCCCCGACAUCAAAUACGGCGACUCGGUGUGUUACGUCCAGCACGUGGACACGUGUCUGUGGCUCACGUACCAGACGGUCGACGCCAAGUGUGCUCGCAUGGGCGGAGUCCAGAGGAAGGCGAUCAUGCAUCACGAGGGUCACAUGGACGACGGGCUGACGCUGUCGCGCUCGCAACACGAGGAGAGUCGCACGGCCAGAGUCAUUCGCAGCACGGUGUUUCUGUUCAACCUCUUUAUCAGGGGUCUGGACACGCUGAGGAAAAAGGGGCGGGGCUCCACCUUAGAUCUGCCAAUCGACUCGGUCAGCCUGAGUCUGCAGGACCUGAUCGGCUACUUCCAACCACCCGGAGAUCACCUGGAACACGAGGACAAGCAGAACCGACUGAGAGCACUGAAGAACCGACAGAACCUGUUUCAGGAGGAGGGCAUGAUCAGCCUGGUGCUGGAGUGCAUCGACCGCCUCCACGUCUACAGCAGUGCCGCUCACUUUGCUGAGGUCGUGGGACGAGAAGCAGGAGAAGCCUGGAGCUCCAUCCUCAACUCCCUCUACCAGCUGCUGGCUGCACUGAUCAGAGGAAACAGGAAGAACUGUGCUCAGUUCUCGGGGUCUCUGGACUGGCUCAUCAGCAGACUGGAGCGGCUGGAGGCUUCUUCUGGGAUCCUGGAGGUUCUUCACUGUGUGCUGGUGGAAAGUCCUGAAGCGCUGAACAUCAUCAAAGAAGGACACAUCAAGUCCAUCAUCUCUCUGCUGGACAAACAUGGACGCAACCACAAGGUCCUGGAUGUGUUGUGUUCUCUGUGUGUGUGUCACGGUGUCGCCGUUCGAUCGAACCAGAACCUGAUCUGUGACAAUCUGCUGCCAGGACGAGACCUGCUGCUGCAGACCCGGCUCGUCAGCCACGUCAGCAGCAUGCGUCCAAACAUCUUCCUGGGCGUCAGUGAAGGCUCCGCCCAGUACAGGAAGUGGUACUAUGAAAUGAUCGUGGACCAGGCGCUGCCCUUUGUCACAGCGGAGUCCACUCACCUGAGAGUGGGCUGGGCCAACACCAGCGGCUACGCCCCCUACCCCAGCGGCGGGGAGGGGUGGGGCGGCAAUGGCGUUGGCGACGACCUUUACUCGUACGGCUUUGACGGACUUCACCUGUGGUCAGGCUGCAUCGCUCGGACCGUUAGCUCGCCGAAUCAUCACGUGUUGCGGUCAGAGGACGUGGUGAGCUGCUGCCUGGACCUCAGCGUGCCCAGCAUCUCCUUCAGGAUCAACGGACAGCCGGUCCAGGGCAUGUUUGAGAACUUCAACUCUGAAGGCCUCUUCUUCCCCGUGGUCAGCUUCUCUGCCGGAGUCAAGGUGCGUUUCCUCCUUGGCGGUCGUCAUGGCGAGUUCAAGUUCCUCCCUCCCCCGGGUUACGCCCCUUGCUACGAGGCAGUGCUGCCCAGGGAGAAGCUGAAGCUGGAGGCGAGUCAAGAUCAGACGGCAGCCAGAGAGCUGCUGGGACCCACGGUCACCCUGAGCCAGGCAGCGUUCACACCCACACCUGUGGACACCAGCCAGAUCGUGUUGCCUCCUCACCUGGAGAGGAUCAGGGAGAAACUGGCAGAAAACAUCCAUGAACUGUGGGUGAUGAACAAGAUAGAACUGGGCUGGACUUAUGGUGCCGUGCGAGAUGAUAACAAGCGGCAGCACCCGUGUCUGGUCGAGUUCUCCAAGCUUCCUGAGCAGGAACGGAGCUACAACCUGCAGAUGUCGCUGGAGACUCUCAAGACUCUCCUGGCUCUGGGUUGCCAUGUCGGCCUCGCAGACGAACAUGCGGUCGAGAAAGUCAGGAGGAUGAAACUGUCGCCGACCUACGAGUUGUCCAGCGGUUACAAACCUGCUCCUCUGGACCUGGGUCACAUCAAACUGACCUCCACCCAGGAGGCCAUGGUGGACAAACUGGCUGAGAACGCACACAACGUGUGGGCGAGAGACCGCAUCCAUCAGGGCUGGACCUACGGCAUCCAGCAGGACGUUAAGAAUCGUAGGAACCCCCGUCUGGUUCCGUAUAUUCUGCUGGACGAGAGGACCAAGAAGUCCAACAAGGAUAGUCUCCGUGAGGCUGUCAGGACUCUGCUGGGAUACGGUUACAACCUUGAAGCUCCUGACCAGGACCAUGCAGCUCAGGCUGACCUGAACAACAUCUCCGCCGAGAGGUUCCGCAUCUUCAGAGCAGAGAAAACCUACUGUGUUAACGCAGGGAAGUGGUAUUUUGAGCUGGAGGUCUUGACGGCGGGAGAGAUGAGGGUGGGCUGGGCCAGUCCAGGCUGCCUCCCAGACCAGGAGCUGGGGUCUGAUGACCAGGCCUUCGUCUUUGAUGGAUUCAAGGUCCAGCGAUGGCACCAGGGUAACGAGCACUUUGGGCGGGCGUGGCAGACGGGCGACGUGGUCGGGUGCAUGGUGGAUCUGAACGAGCACACCAUGAUGUUCACACUGAACGGAGAAGUGCUGCUGGACGACUCGGGCUCUGAACUCGCCUUCAAGGACUUUGAAGCUGGUGAAGGGUUCAUCCCGGUGUGCAGUCUGGGCGUGGGUCAGGUGGGGAGGAUGAACUUUGGGAAAGACGUCAGCACGCUGAAGUACUUCACCAUCUGCGGUCUGCAGGAAGGCUAUGAGCCAUUCGCUGUCAACAUGAACCGCGACGUGACCAUGUGGCUCAGCAAGAGGCUUCCUCAGUUUGUGCCGGUUCCUCCGAAUCACCAGCACAUUGAGGUGGUGAGGAUCGAUGGCACGGUGGAGCUGUUUCCGUGCCUUAAGGUCACGCAGAGGUCGUUUGGCUCUCAGAACAGUCACACGGACAUCACCUUCUACAGACUGAGCAUGCCCAUCGAGUGUUCUGAGUCCUUCUCCAGGUCCAGGCCUAACAGUGGCCUCUUCUCACCAAAGAGGGAGCUGGAGGACUUUGAGACCGUCUCAGACUUCGAGGUCCUGAUGAAGUCACCUCAUGGUCCCAGUGGACCCAACGGACCCGAUAGGGACGAGUUCAACAACCACAAGGAUUACAACCAGGAGAAGCCAUCCAAACUGAAGCAACGGUUCACACUGAAGAGAAACAAACCGGACAACAGCUGUCCGACGUCCGCACGGCUGUCGGAGGAAGUGAUGGCCGACGACAGAGACGACUACGACUUCCUGUUUCAAGCCUCCACGGUGAAGUCUCACUAUUACUACUCCGUGCGGAUCUUUCCGGGUCAGGAGCCGAGCAGCGUCUGGGUCGGCUGGGUCACCUCCGACUUCCAUCAGUACGACACGGGGUUCGAGCUGCACAAGGUCCGCACCGUCACCGUGACCCUGGGAGACGAGAAGGGCAAAGUCCACGAGAGUAUUAAGCGCAGUAACUGUUACAUGGUGUGGGCCGGAGAGAGCAGCAGUCCCGGUCAGGGGAGGAACAACAACGGCUUAGAGAUCGGAUGUUUGGUGGACACAACAAACGGACUUUUGACGUUCACAGCGAACGGCAAAGAACUCAGCACAUAUUAUCAGGUGGAGCCCAGCACUAAACUGUUUCCCGCCGUCUUCGCCAAAGCCACGAGCCCCAAUGUCUUCCAGUUUGAACUGGGGCGAAUGAAGAACGUGAUGCCUCUGUCAGCCGGUCUGUUCAAGAGCGAGAGGAAGAACUCUGUCCCUCAGUGUCCUCCACGUCUCCACGUCCAGUUCCUCACACCAGUUUUAUGGAGUCGAGUUCCCAACCACUUCCUCAAGGUGUCAGCGUCCAGAGUAAACGACAGACACGGCUGGUUGGUGGAGUGUAAACGACCUCUGCAGUUCAUGUCCCUGCACAUACCUGAGGAGAACAGGUCGAUGGACGUCCUGGAACUGUCCGAACGCAGAGACUUAUUAAAGUUCCACUACCACACCCUCAGACUGUACUCUGCCAUCUGUGCGCUGGGAAACAACCGCGUGGCUCACGCUCUGUGUUCACAUGUGGACGAAGCACAGCUGCUGCAGGCCAUCGAGAACAAGUACAUGCCAGGUUUGCUCCGCGCUGGUUACUACGACACCCUGAUCGACAUCCACCUGAGCAGCUACGCCACGGCGCGCCUCAUGAUGAACAACGAGUACAUCGUGCCCAUGACGGACGAAACCAAGAGCAUCACGCUGUUCCCCGACGACGAGAAGAAGCAUGGGCUGCCCGGCAUCGGUCUCAGCACCUCGCUGCGACCCAGAAUGCACUUCUCGUCGCCGAGCUUCGUCUGCGGCGCCGGCUCGUUGUAUCGUAACCACAACAACGGCGGCUCAGGUGACUGCUUCCAGUACAGCCCCGAGUUUCCCUUAGAGAUCCUGAAGGUCAAGACCAUCGAGAUGCUGACGGAGGCGGUGCGCGAGGGAAGCAUGCACGUGCGGGAUCCCAUAGGGGGCAGCACCGAGUUCCUGUUCGUGCCCCUCAUCAAGCUCUUCUACACCAUGCUCAUCAUGGGCGUUUUCCAGAACGGAGACCUGAAGAACAUCCUGCAGCUCAUCGAGCCGUUCGUCUUCUCCGAGAGUCGGGACGGCGGUCACGUGACGCAGAAGGAGGCGGAGAGCGAGGGAGGUGUGGACGGGGGGAGGAGCCUGCCCAAAGAAGGACUGUUACAGAUGAAGCUGCCGGAACCUGUGAAGCUUCAGAUGUGUCACGUGCUGCAGUACCUGUGCGACUGUCAGGUGCGUCACCGCAUCGAGGCGGUCGUCGCCUUCUCCGAUGACUUUGUGGCGAGUCUCCAGGAGAACCAGCGCUUCCGCUACAACGAGGUGAUGCUGGCGCUCAACAUGUCGGCGGCGCUGACCGCCAAGAAGACCAAAGAGUUCAGGUCGCCGCCACAGGAGCAGAUCAACAUGCUGCUGAAUUUCAAGGAGGAGAAGCAGGAGUGUCCCUGUGCCGAGGACAUCCGAGAACAGCUGCUGGACUUCCACGAGGACCUGAUGAGACACUGUGGUAUAGAGUUGGACGAGGACAGAGGUUUGGACAGUGACAGUGACUUCACCAUACGCGGCCGUCUCCUGUCGCUGGUGGAGAAGGUGUCCUACCUGAAGAAGAAGAUGGCCAACCUGUCCAACGAGAAGAAAGACCGGAAACCCAGUACGCUGCAGCAGCUCAUUUCAGACACGAUGGUCCGCUGGGCUCAGGAGUCGGUUAUCGAGGACCCAGAACUGGUCCGAGCCAUGUUUGUCCUGCUGCACCGUCAGUAUGACGGCAUCGGCGGACUGGUCCGGGCUCUUCCCAAGACCUACACCAUAAAUUCAGUUUCCAUCGAGGACACCAUCCACCUGCUGGCAGCUCUGGGUCAGAUCAGAUCUCUGCUGAGUGUGCGCAUGGGAAGAGAGGAGGAGAAGCUAAUGAUCCGAGGGCUGGGAGACAUCAUGAACAACAAAGUCUUCUACCAGCAUCCGAACCUGAUGAGAGCUCUGGGGAUGCAUGAGACCGUCAUGGAGGUCAUGGUCAACGUGCUCAGUGGAGGAGACUCAAAGGAAAUAACGUUCCCUAAAAUGGUGGCCAACUGUUGUCGCUUUCUCUGUUACUUCUGCCGAAUCAGCCGUCAGAACCAGAAGGCCAUGUUUGACCAUCUCAGCUACCUACUGGAGAACAGCAGCGUCGGCCUCGCUUCUCCAUCCAUGCGAGGUUCUACUCCUCUGGAUGUGGCGGCAGCGUCGGUCAUGGACAACAACGAGUUGGCUCUGGCUCUGAGAGAACCCGACCUGGAGAAGGUGGUUCAGUACCUGGCCGGCUGUGGUCUGCAGAGCUGUGUGAUGCUGGUACGUAAAGGAUACCCUGACAUUGGCUGGAAUCCUGUGGAGGGCGAACGCUACCUGGACUUCCUGCGAUUUGCCGUCUUUUGCAACGGUGAAAGCGUGGAGGAGAACGCCAACGUCGUGGUGAGGCUUCUGAUUCGUCGGCCAGAAUGUUUCGGACCCGCGCUUCGUGGCGAAGGCGGCGACGGGUUGCUCGCGGCGAUGAAGGAAGCCAUUAAGAUUUCAGAGGAUUCGACCAGGGACGGUCCUUCACCAACGUCUGAGAGCAGCAAGACACUCAGUGACAUGGAGGAAGAGGAGGACGACACCAUCCACAUGGGAAAUGCCAUCAUGACCUUCUACGCUGCUCUCAUUGACCUGUUGGGGCGCUGUGCUCCAGAGAUGCACCUGAUCCAUGCAGGUAAAGGUGAAGCGAUCCGUAUCCGAGCCAUCCUCCGGUCCCUCAUCCCCAUUGAAGACCUGGUGGGAGUCAUCAGUAUUCCAUUCUCCAUGCCCAGUCUGGCUAAAGAUGGGAUGGUGGUGGAGCCCGACAUGUCCGCCGGGUUUUGUCCGGACCAUAAAGCAGCCAUGGUUCUGUUCCUGGACCGAGUCUAUGGUAUAGAAGACCAGAAUUUCCUGCUCCACUUGCUGGAAGUGGGAUUCUUACCAGACCUGAGAGCUGCAGCCUCACUGGACACCGUGGCUCUCAGUGCCACAGACAUGGCCCUGGCCCUCAACAGGUACCUGUGCACGGCCGUGCUGCCUCUCCUCACCAAGUGUGCGCCGCUGUUUGCUGGCACGGAGCCGUUCGCCUCGCUGAUCGAUUCCCUCCUGCACACGGUUUACCGUCUGUCCAAGGGCUGCUGCCUCACCAAGGCCCAGAGGGACGCCAUCGAGGAGUGCCUGCUGGCCGUGUGUGGGAAGCUGAGACCCUCCAUGAUGCAGCAUCUGCUGAGGAGGCUGGUGUUCGACGUUCCUCUGCUCAAUGAACACACGAAGAUGCCUCUGAAGCUGCUGACCAAUCAUUACGAGCGCUGUUGGAAGUAUUACUGUCUGGUCGGAGGUUGGGGUAACUUUGGAGCUGCGUCAGAUGAAGAACUUCAUCUCUCCAGGAAACUGUUCUGGGGGAUUUUUGACGCUCUGUCGCACAAGCGUUACGACCAGGAGCUGUUUAAGCUGGCGUUGCCGUGUCUCAGCGCUGUGGCGGGCGCUCUGCCUCCGGACUACAUGGAGUCCAACUACAUGGCCAUGAUGGAGAAACAGUCGUCCAUGGACUCGGAGGGAAACUUCACUCCUCAGCCGGCCGACACCACCAACGUGACCGUACCUGAGAAGCUGGACUACAUCAUCAGCAGAUACGCAGAGCACAACCACGAGAAGUGGUGCAUCGAAAAGUUUUCCAACGGCUGGUCGUACGGUGAGCAGCUGUGUGACAUCAGCAAGUGUCACCCUCUACUGAAGCCGUACAAAGGCCUGAGCGAGAAGGAUAAGGAGUUGUACUGCUGGUCGGUCAGAGAGUCUCUUAAGACCAUGCUGUCGUGGGGCUGGAGCAUCGACAGGAUCAGAGACGGAGACCCGGCCAGUCUCCACAACAAGUCCAGACGCAUAUCACAGGCCAGCCAGUUGUCUUUUGAGGGAAAUCCCGCCUUUAGCCCACGACCCAUCGAUAUGAGCAACGUCACACUGUCCAGAGACAUGCAGUCGAUGGCCGAACUGCUCGCAGAGAAUUAUCAUAACAUCUGGGCCAGGAAGAAGAAAACAGAGCUGGAAGCCAAAGGUGGAGGAAAUCACCCGCUCCUGGUUCCGUACGACACACUGACGGCCAAAGAGAAAUCCAAAGACCGAGAAAAGGCACAAGACAUCCUCAAGUUCCUGCAGAUCAACGGUUACACCGUGUCCAGAGGAGUGAAAUCCCAGGAGCUGGACACUCCGGCCAUCGAGAAGCGAUUCGCCUACACGUUCCUGCAGCAGCUCAUCACAUAUGUGGACCAGGCUCAUCAGCACAUGAUGGAGUUUGACGCAGGACCGAGACUGAAGGGAGAAAAUGUUCCUCACGAGCAGCAGAUCAAGUUCUUUGGGAAGGUGGUUUUGCCGCUGGUGGAUCAAUACUUUAAAAACCACCGCCUGUACUUCCUGUCCACGGCAAUUCACCCUAUCAGCAGCGGCGGCCAUGCCUCCAACAAGGAGAAGGAGAUGGUGACGAGUCUUUUCUGCAAACUGGGAGUUCUUGUCAGACAUAGGAUUUCCUUGUUUGGUAACAACGCCACGUCUAUUGUCAACUGUCUGCAGAUACUAGGACAAAGUCUGGACGCCAGGACGGUGAUGAAGACUGGCCUGGAGUCGGUGAAGGUGGCUCUGCGCUCGUUCUUCGACAGCGCGGCAGAGGAUCUGGAGAAGACACAGGAGAACCUGAAGCUCGGCCAGUUCACUCACAGCCGAGAGCAGCCGAGAGGCGUCACCCAGAUCAUCAACUACACCACGUUCGCCCUCCUGCCUGUCCUGUCCUCGCUGUUCGAACACAUCGGGCAGAACAUGUUCGGAGAAGACCUCAUACUGGACGAUGUCCAGGUGUCCUGCUACAGAAUCCUCAACAGUCUUUACUUACUGGGAACCAACAAAAGCAUCUACGUAGAAAGACAGCGGCCGGCGUUAGGAAAGUGUCUCGCCGCCUUCUCUGCGGCGUUCCCCGUCGCCUUUCUGGAGCCUCACAUCAACAAGUUCAACAGCUUCUCCAUCUACAACAGCAAAGGAACCAAAGACAGAGGCGCUCUCGGUCUUCCGGGACACGUCGGAGAAGUCUGUGCUGUGAUUCCAAACCUGGACAAGUCCCUGGAGGAGAUCAUGGAGCUGGCAGAGUCUGGUUUGAGAUACACUCAAAUGCCUCAUGUCAUGGAGGUGGUGCUGCCCAUGUUGUGCAGCUACAUGUCUCACUGGUGGGAACACGGACCUGAGAACCACGUGGACACAUGUGACAGCUGCUGCACCGCGGUGACGUCCGAGCACAUGAACUCUCUGCUGGGGAACAUCCUCAAGAUCAUCUACAAUAACCUGGGCAUCGACGAGGGAGCGUGGAUGAAAAGACUCGCCGUUUUCUCUCAGCCAAUCAUCAGCAAGGCCAACGCUCAGCUGCUCAAGACUCAUUUCCUGCCUCUGAUGGAGAAACUGAAAAAAAAAGCCGCGGUCGUGUUGAUGGACGAGGAGCACAGCAAAGCUGAGGGGAGGGGCGAGAUGUCGGAGACGGAGCUUCUCAUCAUGGACCAGUUCACCGUCCUGGUCAGAGACCUUUACGCCUUCUACCCGCUCCUCAUUCGCUUUGUUGACUACAACAGGGCUCGGUGGCUGAAAGAGUCCAACCCCGGGGCUGAGGAACUGUUCCGCAUGGUGGCCGAGGUUUUCAUCUUCUGGGCCAAGUCUCACAACUUCAAGAGGGAGGAGCAGAACUUUGUGGUUCAGAAUGAGAUCAACAACAUGUCUUUCCUCAUCACCGACACCAAGUGUAAGAUGUCAAAGGGAAUCGUUUCCGACCAGGAGCGGAAGAAGAUGAAGAGGAAGGGGGAUCGCUACUCAAUGCAGACGAGUCUGAUCGUGGCGACUCUGAAGCGCCUCCUGCCUGUCGGACUCAACAUGUGCGCACCCGGAGAACAGGAGCUCAUCACGCUGGCCAAGAACCGCUUCACUCAGAAAGACACGGAGGACGAAGUCCGUGACAUCAUCAGGAACAAUCUGCAUUUACACGGAAAGCUGGAAGACCCUGCGAUCCGUUGGCAGAUGGCUCUGUACAGAGACUUUCCUAAUCACUGUGAUGCCGCCGCAGACCCAGAGAAGACUGUGGAGCGAGUCCUGGACAUCGCUCACGUCCUCUUCCACCUCGACCAGGUGGAACACCCUCAGCGCAGUAAAAAAGCAGUGUGGCACAAACUUCUGUCGAAACAGAGGAAGCGAGCAGUGGUCGCCUGCUUCAGGAUGGCGCCGCUCUAUAACCUGCCCAGGCACCGAGCUGUGAACCUGUUCCUUCAGGGCUAUGACAAGUCCUGGAUCGAGGCAGAGGAGCACUACUUUGAAGAUAAACUCAUCGAAGACCUGGCUAAACCCGGUGAACAGGAGCCGCCUGAGGACGAGGAGGGCAUGAAGCACAUCGAUCCACUGCAUCAGCUCAUCCAGCUGUUCAGCAGAACAGCGCUCACGGAGAAGUGUAAACUGGAUGAAGAUAAUCUGUACAUGGCUUACGCCGACAUCAUGGCGAAGAGCUGCCACGAUGAAGAAGAUGAAGAUGGAGAAGUGAAGAGUUUUGAGGAGAAGGAGAUGGAGAAGCAGAAGCUGUUGUAUCAACAGGCUCGGCUUCACGACCGCGGCGCCGCUGAGAUGGUUCUCCAGACCAUCAGCGCCAGCAAGGGUGAGAUGGGUCCCAUGGUGGCAUCCACGCUGAAGCUGGGCAUCGCAAUCCUUAAUGGCGGAAACUCGACCGUACAGCAGAAAAUGUUGGAUUAUCUGAAAAACAAGAAGGACGUAGGAUUUUUUCAGAGCCUGGCUGGUCUCAUGCAGUCAUGCAGUGUCCUGGAUCUAAAUGCCUUUGAGAGACAGAACAAAGCUGAAGGACUGGGGAUGGUGACAGAGGAGGGAUCAGUCAUCAGUCAUGAGCGUGGUGAGAAGGUCAUGCAGGAUGAUGAGUUCACCUGUGACCUUUUCCGCUUCCUGCAGCUGCUCUGUGAAGGACACAACUCAGACUUCCAGAACUACUUAAGGACACAAACGGGAAACAACACGACUGUGAACAUCAUCAUCUCUACUGUCGACUAUCUCCUCAGAGUACAGGAGUCCAUCAGUGAUUUCUACUGGUAUUACUCUGGGAAGGACGUUAUUGAUGAGCAGGGACAGAGGAAUUUCUCUAAGGCCAUAAAUGUGGCCAAGCAGGUUUUCAACACUCUCACUGAGUACAUCCAGGGUCCGUGCACGGGUAACCAGCAGAGUUUGGCUCACAGUCGUCUGUGGGACGCCGUGGUUGGUUUUCUCCACGUCUUCGCUCAUAUGCAGAUGAAACUGUCUCAGGACUCCAGUCAGAUCGAUUUGUUGAAGGAGCUGAUGGAUCUGCAGAAAGACAUGGUGGUCAUGCUGUUGUCUAUGCUGGAAGGUAACGUGGUGAACGGGACAAUUGGGAAGCAGAUGGUGGACAUGUUGGUGGAGUCGUCCAACAAUGUGGAGAUGAUCCUCAAGUUCUUUGACAUGUUCCUUAAGCUUAAAGAUCUGACCUCCUCUGAUGCCUUCAAGGAGUACGAUCCUGAUGGGAAAGGUGUCAUCUCAAAGAGGGACUUCCACAAAGCCAUGGAGAGCCACAAACACUACACCCAGUCAGAGACCGAGUUCCUGCUCUCCUGUGCUGAGACCGAUGAGAACGAAUUAGUGGACUAUGAAGAAUUUGUGGAGCGCUUUCAUGAACCCGCUAAGGAUAUUGGCUUUAACGUGGCGGUUCUGCUGACCAACCUGUCGGAGCACAUGCCUCAUGACACUCGUCUGCAGACGUUCUUGGAGCUGGCAGAGAGCGUCCUCAACUACUUCCAACCCUACCUGGGCCGGAUUGAGAUCAUGGGCAGCGCCAAACGCAUUGAGCGGGUUUACUUCGAGAUCAGCGAGUCCAGUAGGACGCAGUGGGAGAAACCUCAGGUCAAAGAAUCCAAGCGUCAGUUCAUCUUUGACGUGGUGAAUGAGGGAGGGGAGAAGGAGAAGAUGGAGCUGUUUGUGAACUUCUGCGAGGACACCAUCUUUGAAAUGCAGCUGGCCGCGCAGAUGUCCGACGCAGGCGAGCGCUCGGCGGUGAAGGAGGAGAGCGAGCGGGAGAAACUGGACGAGGAGAAUCCUGACCUGGGCUUUUUCUCUGUCACCACUGUGUGCAUGGCUCUGUUAGCUCUGCGCUACAACGUCAUGAUGCUGAUAAAGGUGCUGUCCAUGAAGAGCCUGAAGAAGCAGAUGAAGAAGAUAAAGAAUAUGACGGUGAAGGACAUGGUUACCACACUGGUGUCCGUAUACUGGUCUGUGUUACUGGGACUCCUCCAUGUGGCCUUCAGUGUGGCACGAGGAUUCUGCCGAAUCUUCUACAACACCUUCAUGGGCGGCAAUCUGGUAGAGGGCGCCAAGACCAUCAAGGUGUCAGAGCUGCUCGCCAACAUGCCUGACCCCACCCAGGACGAGGUGCGAGGGGAAGGGGAGGACAGGGAGAAGAGACCGUCUGACCGGAGCUCAGCAAAAGAGGACCUGGCCGACCUGGCAGUCAACACCAGUGAGACGGAGCUGCUGUCGGACAUCUUUGGCCUGGACUUAAGAAGAGAGGGAGGCCAGUACAAGAUCACACCCCAUAACCCCAAUGCUAGUCUGACCGAACUGCUCAACUCCCCCGUUACCUCGCCAACUACACCAACAGCGCCGCCACCUGAGCUCAGACGCAGGCAUCAGUCAAAAGGAUCUUCCUCCGAGGAGAAGGAAUCGGUACCAGAGCCUGAAUGUGACCCCGAGAAAACAUCAGCGGCGGAACACGAGGAGGAACCAGAGAAACAACCGAAGAGCGAGAAAGUGAAGCCAAAAGUGAGGAGACUUCACAAGUCAAAGUCUGACGAGCCAGAUCUGCAGGAGUCUGCUUUCUUCAAGAAGAUCAUCGCCUACCAGAGGAAACUGCUGAACUACUUUGCCAGGAACUUCUACAACAUGAGGAUGUUGGCCCUGUUUGUUGCGUUUGCAAUCAACUUCAUCCUCUUAUUCUAUAAGGUGUCCACGUCCUCCUCUGUGGUUGAGGACAGAGACACCGUGUUCACCGGCAGCCAGCCCGGCAGCAGUGUUCAGUGGAGUCCACUGGGAGGAGCAGACGUGGUGGAGGCGAAGGAGGAGGUGGUGGAGGAGACGGGGGAGACGCACAAACCCAUGACCGUCAGGUUUGUCCUGGAGGAGAGCAGCGGGUACAUGGAGCCCAUGUUACGAAUCCUGGCCAUCCUGCACACGGUCAUCUCCUUCUUCUGUAUCAUCGGAUACUACUGUCUGAAGGUGCCUCUGGUGAUCUUUAAGCGGGAGAAGGAAGUGGCCAGGAAGCUGGAGUUUGACGGUCUUUACAUCACAGAACAACCAUCUGAGGACGACAUCAAAGGACAGUGGGACAGACUGGUCAUCAACACACAAUCUUUCCCAAACAACUACUGGGACAAGUUUGUGAAGAGGAAGGUCAUGGACAAAUAUGGCGAGUUCUACGGACACGACCGCAUCAGCGAGCUGCUGGGGAUGGACAAGGCCGCGCUGGACUUCAGUGACGCUCACAAGAAGAGAAAACCCAGGAGAGACAGCUCACUGGCUGCUGUUUUGAACUCCAUCGACGUCAAAUACCAGAUCUGGAAACUGGGCGUCGUCUUCACAGAUAAUUCCUUCCUGUAUCUGGCCUGGUACAUGACCAUGUCCAUCCUCGGCCACUACAACAACUUCUUCUUCGCUGCUCAUCUGCUCGACAUCGCCAUGGGCUUCAAGACGCUCAGAACCAUCCUGUCGUCCGUCACGCACAACGGCAAACAGCUGGUGUUGACCGUCGGCCUGUUAGCCGUGGUCGUUUACCUCUACACGGUCGUGGCCUUCAACUUCUUCAGGAAGUUCUACAACAAGAGCGAAGACGGAGAACUGCCCGACAUGAAGUGUGACGACAUGCUGACGUGCUACAUGUUCCACAUGUACGUCGGCGUCAGAGCCGGCGGAGGCAUCGGCGACCAGAUCGAAGACCCGGCGGGCGACGAGUACGAGAUCUACCGCAUCAUCUUUGACAUCACCUUCUUCUUCUUUGUCAUCGUCAUCCUGCUGGCCAUCAUCCAGGGCUUGAUCAUCGAUGCGUUUGGAGAACUGAGAGAUCAACAGGAACAAGUGAAAGAGGACAUGGAGACCAAAUGUUUCAUCUGUGGAAUCGGGAACGAUUACUUCGACACGGUCCCACACGGCUUUGAGACGCACACGCUACAGGAGCACAAUUUAGCUAAUUACCUAUUCUUUGUGAUGUAUCUCAUCAACAAAGAUGAAACAGAGCACACAGGACAGGAGUCUUACGUAUGGAAGAUGUAUCAGGAACGUUGCUGGGAAUUCUUCCCCGCCGGCGACUGUUUCCGGAAACAGUACGAGGAUCAGCUCAACUGAUCUGUCGUUGGUGGAGCAGCAGAUUUCUGAGUCACUCCGCCUUCCUGCUGCUUCCCACUCAAACAUUUCCUCAUAAAACUCCCUGUUCUAUCAAACAACAGGUUCAACAGCCUUCAUCCCAGCUCGUCUUCAUCCAGACCGUCCAGCCUCUGUCCCCCAACACGUCCAGCACACUUUGUUCGGAAUGCUUCUAAGACGUUGUACAGAGAAAAAUCGCAGAUCGUAUUCUGUACAAUAGAUUCUGACUUCUUUGCUUUAUCUUCUUUCACAGUAUCAAGCAAAAUAAAAACAAAAAACGGACAGAGGAGAGCGGAUUCACGACGAAGCAAGGACACUUCCCUGAAGGACACACAGGGACGUUAGACGGAGGACAUUUUAGGACUUUUAAUGUGUAAAAUGCACGUUUGCAUGUGGGUUCAGGCAGCGGACGCGUGGACGACUCUGCGACAAAUCUGACCCUGAAGAGAACAUGAAGGUCGUGGCCUGAGACGAAGACGCGACGUCUUGAUUCAACUCUGCCAAAGCUUCUCUCGGUUUGUGCUACGCUAACGUGACGGUUCUGCGACGUAAUAAUCGAACCGGAAACGCAGCCUCAAGAGUUGAAUCGAUGCACACUCACAAUCUGAGCUCCACGAUUGUUUGUUAGCAACACAAUUUAGUUGCCGACGAGCUGAGAGUGACCUGAAAUCCUUCGUUAUCUUCUGUUUUUAAAGAUCAAAUGAAUAAAGGAUUAAAUCUCCCCCCUGAAACAAAGUGGUUUAAUCCACGAUUAACGUCCUAGCAAAGUCCAGUUCCAUCGUAGCGUAGCCCGCUAAUAUCGUGGGUGGGACUUUUUAUCUUUCACGAAUGCUACGUAACUAGGGCUAACUCGGUACGUUUGUCAGUCACAUGACAAAAACACACAAAAAAACAAAAAAAGCAAUACCAAAGCAGCAAAAAAAACCGGAAUAUUUGUGCGCGAUCGUUAGCUUAGCAUCGAAGGAGGACGACAGAUGAACGGGUGAAAGAUGAAGGAAAACGGGUGGAGGAGGAAACAGUGCCUUAAUAAGACAAGAAUGAGCUAUGCAUGACGUCGGAGGAGCCAGAGCCAGGAACGCUAGCUAUAGCUUCAGUUGAACAUAAUACUCGAGGAAAAUGACGUUAUUCUAUUGAUCGCGGCUUUUCCACCCCAUGGCAGAGGGAAAAUGGCCGCCGUCUGAAUGUAGUGAGUGGUGAAAUAAUAAAGUUUAAAUAUUACUACUGUUACGUUUGUUAAAUCGAGUGCUAUGCGAUCGCUAGGCUCGGUGAACACACACACACAUAUAUGCAGUCGUAGCUAAAUCAAAGUCAAUGUGAUCCAACAGUCGUGUAAUAAUAAUAAACAACGUACAUAAUAACGUUGCGUCGUAUAUUUAGCGCGACUGGAGAAGCCAGAUCGUAAACAACCCGGCGACUCCACUCUUGCGGCUAGUGUUAAUGCUAACUGUGUUCGAUUGCAUGAAUCAAGGAGCCAAGACGUCUUUCAGAAGUGAAUAGCAAUUUUUAUGCCCCGCCCUCUCUCCGCACAUACGGCAAAGGUAAAUUUGUCCGACAUCAGGGCGCUGGAAGAUUCUCCCGACCCAUAUUUAGUCCAGACUUCGCCAUUUUCACAAACGUAACAUUUUCACUCAUGUAUUCCAAACGACGCAAAAUGUAUGUUGAAAUAAUCGCAUCUUAAUUCAGUUUGUCCAACGUUUUUGACACAACAUUGGACGCUGGAAGAUUGUGCCAGACGCUGUCUGGCGACUGAAGCUAAUGACAAGAACUUCUAUCUUUGCGGGAUCACCGAUGCGAUGCAUAAUAAGUUUGUCGUUUUACGACGCUUCCACUGCGCCAUUUUUAUGAUGAACUUUGUCCCAGUUAGCUUGGUGCGAGGACGCAGCAGUUAAGAGUCGACUCUGAGGAUCGGAAACCUCAUCGUCUGCUUCAGAACGCGAGUUUUCCAUUAGCUCGUUAGACCGUCAAACCACGAAGGCACGAGAGAAUUAAGAUUAAAGACAAAAGUUUUUUUUCCUUUAAUUAAAGGUCCAAUAUGCAAAAAAAAAAUUAGCACCCACGCCUUGGAGCUAGCAUGUCAAGACCCAAACAAAAAAUAUCGUGACUGUUAAUGCAGGUAAGCAAUCGUGCCAUUUUUACGUGUUCAUCAUUUUAAAAUAACGUCCAGUUCACGAAAAAGAAGGGCUAGCUAUGAUGCCGGCUCGCAGAGCUCUUUAUUGCAGAAAUCCAGAGAGUCGCCUUUAGCUGGAUUCUUCGUACGACUUCCAGCCGUCUUGUUUUUACUUGUGACAAGUUUAAACCCAUUUGAACGUACCAUCUUUAUGUUUUUCCCUGACGGUACUCAAAAAUAUUGCGUAUUGGACCUUUAAAGAAAGUUCGGACUGGGUACGAUCCGUGUCGGGAUUAAUGCACAAAUGAACAAAUGUUGAUAAUACAGAGAAAAAAAACAACUAAAUAAUUUAAUUUAUUUAAAGAAUAAUUAUUACUGGACGCUAGUUUAUGUAGUUUUUUUUUUUCUUGUUUUAACAAAGUUUUUUCUCAGUUACAGGAAGUGUGUGCGUGCGUGUGUGUGUGAGUGUGUGUGUGUGUGUUCAGAGGUUUUCUGUUCAAUAAUCUGAUGCAAUAGUUUCUCUUUUUUGUAUGAAAACUUAGAUAAAAAAAGAUGCCACUGCAUGUUUAUUUACGCGGGUUUAAUGAAAUUAAAUUAAAAUAUAAUAAACAAAUAAAAUAAAAUCUUAAAUCCACAAAACUUCACCCAUUCAACUGUUUACGGCGCAACCGUUUUCAUAUGAAUUCAGAUUUCUGAGAUGUUGUGUUUUUCGCUGUUGUUGGGAAAACUUUGUGGCUCCUCAGAUUAAUUUUGCUGCAUCUCAUAAUAAUAAUAAUUUAAAAAAAGGUUACAAUAUUUUGUUUUAAAAUC